GUGAUUAUAAAUAAGUUACGUAGGGUUUGUGUCUGAUGUAACAACAGGUUUGUUUGGCAAGGUGCAGUACACGGUGAAACGGAGUUCACUUUCACUUUCUAUAAGAUUCCGGGAAAUGGCGGAGGAAGUGGAUAACGUGUCUGAAACCCCCAAAUCCAACUUCGUCCUUAAAACCCCUAAGGGUACCAAGGACUAUGAUCCCCGCCAGAUGGCAGUUCGAGAGCACGUGCUCAAGACGAUCGUUGAGUGUUUCAAGCGUCACGGAGCACAAACCAUAGAUACCCCUGUCAUGGAAUUGAAGGAAACUCUGACAGGCAAGUAUGGAGAAGAUUCCAAGCUGAUUUUCGAUCUUGCCGACCAAGGCGGAGAACAGCUGUCCCUGAGAUAUGAUCUGACUGUACCGUUUGCCAGGUAUCUAGCUAUGAAUAAGAUCACCAAUAUGCGCCGUUACCACAUUGCCAAGGUUUACCGUCGAGACAACCCGGCAAUGACCAGGGGCAGAUUCCGGGAGUUUUAUCAAUGCGACAUCGAUAUGGCGGGUCAGUAUGAUCCGAUGAUUCCGGAUGCAGAAUGCGCCAAGAUUGUAUCAGAAAUAUUGGAAGAUUUGGGCCUUGGAGAAUACGUGAUCAAGGUGAACCACCGGAAGAUCCUUGACGGCAUACUUGCGGUGUGUGGGGUGCCCGCAGAGAAGGUGCGGUCCAUUUCUUCGGCUGUUGAUAAACUGGACAAGGUACCUUGGGAAGAUGUCAAAACUGAAAUGGUGAAAGAAAAAGGUCUUGACCCUUCUGCGGCUGACAUGAUUGGCCACUACGUGCGACGCAGUGGUGGGAAACAAUUGGUGGAAGAACUUCUUGAAGAUGAAAAGUUGUGCGGUAAUGCCACGGCCAAACAAGGCCUGGAGGAUAUGGUUCUUCUGCUGAAGUAUUGUGAAUUAUUCGGCAUAUCAGACAAGGUGUCGUUUGACCUAAGUUUGGCAAGAGGACUAGACUACUACACGGGGCCGAUAUUUGAAACCGUCCUCAAAGGUUACACCCAUGAUCCGGCGUCCCAGGAGGAAUCUGUCAGCGUGGGCAGCGUGUCCGGAGGGGGCAGGUACGACACCCUGGUCGGCAUGUUUGACCCUAACGAAAAACCUGUUCCUUGCGUAGGUGUCAGUAUUGGAGUGGAACGAAUCUUCUCAAUUAUGGAGAUGAAGGCUUUUGCUGGGUCUAAAAUCAGAACCACAGAAACGGAGGUUUACGUUAUUUCGGCACAGAAAGACUUGGUUGAAGAACGCAUGAAGCUUUGUGCAUUGCUUUGGGGCGCUGGUAUAAAGGCUGAGCACUCGUACAAGAAGAACCCGAAACCUCUGGAUCAGUUCCAGUACUGUGAGACUAUGAGUAUCCCCCUGGCGGUGGUGAUUGGAACUUCAGAAAUUGAGCAGAGCGUUGUCAAACUUAGAGAUAUCAAAACGAGGAAGGAGAGGGAGGUUCCGAGAGAGAACCUGGUCACCGAAAUUCGGACAGAACUCGCCACUCCAGUGGACUAAAUUAGAUGUCACAUUCGGACUUUGCGUGUAUUAACUUUGAACUUAAUUGUAGUCUGCCUUUUCCUCAAAGCUAUAGCUUGGCAAUUGUUGUUUGACGUGACGUAAUGAUGACGUUAUUACUUGUAACGUAAUAAUAGUGAUGAUGCAAUACAAGUUAAUGACUGACCUACAUCAUUUUCAUAAAUCGGAGGUCAUGCUGUAUUCUGCUUUAGGCCAAGUCUCAUUUUUUGGUUAUGAAAAUUCCGGAUCUGAUCUUGUUUCGGUUGUAACUUUUAAAUUGUGAAUUUAAAGAAGAAAAUGUACUUGAAUAAUGGAAAAAAGUGCAAACUUCAUUGAGAGCUACUGAAAUUUAGGAAAAGCGGCUCUUAGAAAGUGCGGGAAAUCGCGCGAAGUGGCUAAUGGUAAUAUUUUAGGCGCUAUGGGUGGAAUCUCAUGGACCAGUCACUUCGUUUAAGCAGUGUUACCAAGGCGACACGCAAAACAUGGUUUAAUUGUACUGAAAUGAAAUUUGACAGAGGGACAGAAGAUACCCUACAGUGAUUCCAUUCAGGUUUCACCUCGCUUGCCAGUCUCUGUUCACAAGGUGUAGAUAUAUAAUCAGGCUUAUAAACGGGAUAGGCGUUUACUAGCUCUACCUGCAGAUCUUUUAGCACAAACGCCCAUAUUAACAACCAAACCCACGAAUUAACCAGCACACCGUACAAUUAUUUAGCACCAACGUAACGAUACUUAGCUCUAACACUCAUCCACUCUGGUAGUGCUGGUUAAGUUGUGAGUAAGGUGGUAAAUAUGGGUGUUAGUGCUAAAAGAUCUGCGGGUGGUGCA